CAGAUACUGAAAAUGGACGAAACUUAAACCAAUCUACGAGCGCCAUAGACGGUUCAAGAACGAUUAAUUUUUUAAUCUUGUCAGCUCGCAAUUUAAAUUUAAUAAAUAUUUAAUAAAUACGCUUUUACUAAAAUGGAGCAUAAUUACUUGAUGAUUGAUGAUACCUCGAAUUCAAGUUACGACUUUUACAAUUACAGCGACGGUGAUCCCAAAUUAAUGGAGAGAUACAUCAAGAAUAAAGGGAUCGAUGAGCCAGCGUAUUCGACCCUUAUCGCACUUUAUUGUUCUCUUAUACUGAUGGGCGCUUUGGGAAAUACCCUUGUGAUUGUCUCCGUUAUUAGAAAGCCAGCCAUGAGAACGCCCAGAAAUAUGUUUAUAGUCAAUUUGGCAGUAGCCGAUCUCCUGUUGUGCACCAUCACCAUGCCGCUGACGCUCAUGGAAAUCCUAACAAAAUAUUUUCCUCUUGGAAAUAGUUUGUUUAUUUGUAAACUCAUUGGGAUAUUGCAAGCCACCAGCACAUAUGUGUCAACAAUAUCAAUCACUGCCAUCGCUCUGGAUAGAUAUCAGGUAAUCGUCUAUCCCACCAGAGAAAGUCUUCAACUUUGCGGAGCAGCCCUGAUUCUGCUUCUAAUAUGGAUGGUAGCGAUAAUGUUGGCUCUACCACUUUUUAUUGUCAGACAUCUCAUUCAUCAUACCGUCGAGCUGGGCGUAGACAAUUUAGACAUCAACUUCUGCAUAGAAAAUUGGCCGGUGGAUCACGGAAGAGCUUAUUACUCAAUUUUUUCGUUGAUUUUCCAGUACACUCUACCUAUUUUAAUUGUUUCGGUUGCAUAUUUGAGGAUUUCGUUUAAACUUCGUUAUAGAUACGCCGGCGGGUUCAUUGGGGAUGAAGCUUCUCAAAAAUCCCGCCGGGAAUUACGAGGUCGCCGUCUGCAUCGAACGAACGUCUUGCUCUGCUCAAUAGCCAUUAUUUUCUGCAUCAGUUGGUUGCCUCUGAACGUAUUCAAUCUGGUGGCGGAUCUAUCGACGAAUCAAUCGUUUACAUCACAGCCGAUGAUGAUUUGUUACGCCGUCUGCCACAUGAUGGGCAUGUCCUCAGCAUGUUCCAACCCCAUCCUCUACGGCUGCCUGAACGAAAACUUCUGGAAGGAAUUCAAAGAUAUCCUUUGCAUCGAAUCAAGCAGCGAAAAUCAAAGACCUUCGGUGAAAAAAACUUCUUUUAGAAAAAGUUCGCAAAAGUCUCAGAACAGGGGAGAUAAACCCGAUUUGGUUGCGGGCGCCAGGGGUUUAGAUUACCAACUUUGUAACACCGUAAGCACCGACAUGACAGUUUUAACGAAAUGCUAGCCCUUAAGGACAUUCGCCGUGAGAGGCGAAGGUAGAGCGACGAUAAACAGGGUGGAACAUUUAUUAUAAAAUAUAGUGAUAGUGAUGAUAAAAUAUGUGAUGCGAUAAAACGAUAACGAAAGUUUUUAGGAAAGUUUUGAUUGGUAAUAACUUUGGAAUAUAUUUAUUGGUAACUUAGAUAUUUUUCUACCUUUCUAUCUAAAGGAAUACUGUAUUAAAUUUAAGUUUCGAGAGACAGCAGAAUUUUUUUUUCAAUUCAUUUACUUUUAAUUUUAGUUUGAUAUUAUCGUGUAUCUAAAUAGUAAUAAUAUUGCUUCUGUUUAAUUAGCAGUACUCAAGAAGGAGACAAACUCGUUCCUAUACUAAAAAAUUGUCUGUAGUCUAAUUUUUUUCAAUCAGAAAAGUCCUGGAAAAAUACGUUUGUAUGGAAAGUAUUAUAUUUCAAAU